GCAGAAUAGACAGCAUGGUCAAAUACUUUAGCCGUAGACUCGCUCUCGAUGCAAAUCGGUCAUCGAGAUUCUAAACGUAGCAUGCCUUGAGCCACAUCGAUGAAUCUCUAGUCCUACUUGCCGAAGCGUUCACUGUCCCUUUCUCCAUAGUUCACGGCUCUUGAAGAAGACCGGAGAGAAAAUGAGUACGGAAUCAGAUCCCGAGGUUGAAGCUGCUGUCGCUGCUGCAUCGAUCGCAGAAGGAAGAACUCCUGCAGAGGAAGCUGUUGAAGUACUCUUCACGAAUGACGGAGUAAGACGUCGAAGAUCGUCUAUGGUUCCGGAUGAGUAUCCAGAUCACAGGCGCAAGCAGCACAGCCAUACUCACCACCAUCGCCCGGAACAUGGAAGAAGACUCACUAGUUGUUACGUGCACAGCAUGCUUGAGGAGCAUCGUGGGAGCGGUACCUAUACGCCACGCGAGGGGGCAGAGAAAACAAGUGAUAAAGACCCUCUCGGCAAGACUACGAAUGGUGCCGAAGUUCAGCACACAGAAUCAAGGUUACUUACGAAGAAGCAGCUAAGUGAUAUGGCUUUUGGCAUUCGUGAGCUAUCGAAGAAGCUGUCGCACGUCAAGCUGAAGCUAAAUGUACGCAACAUUUUUAUACUUACAAAGGCACACGACGAAACACUAGUUGUGCAUACGAGAGAAUUAGCCGAAUGGUUACUAAAAAGGGAUGCUCAUUACACGGUAUGGGUUGAAGACAAACUCGAACACGACCCUAAAUUCAAUGCGAAGGAGCUCUUGACAGAAGGAGGCGAAAAAUUUGAAGACAGACUUAAGUAUUGGAACAAUGAACUGUGCAGAAAGCGCCCCAAUACUUUUGAUAUCGUGCUUGGUCUUGGUGGCGAUGGCACUGUGCUUUACGCAAGCUGGCUAUUUCAGCGUAUUGUACCACCAGUUCUGGCAUUUAGUAUGGGUUCCCUUGGUUUUCUGACCAAAUUCGACUUCGAUCACUAUCCAGACACUAUCACCCGAGCAGCUUGCGACGGGGUGACUGUAGCUCUACGUUUACGUUUCGAGGGUACUAUCAUGCGCCGAAAUGUUCGUGAGGGCGAUGAAAAUAGAUCACGAGAUCUUGUUGAAGAGCUUAUUGGCGAGGAAGCAGAAGAUCACCACACUCAUCGACCAGACGGCACUCAUAAUGUUAUGAAUGAGGUUGUCAUUGAUCGAGGACCAAAUCCUACUAUGAGCACUUUAGAAGUCUUUGGUGAUAACCAGCAUUUCACUACGAUUCAAGCAGACGGCAUAGUAGUGGCUACCCCAACAGGAAGUACUGCCUACAAUCUCGCUGCAGGAGGUAGUCUGUGCCAUCCGGAGAACCCAGUUAUAUUACUCACGGCUAUUUGUGCCCAUACAUUAAGUUUCAGACCCAUUAUCUUGCCAGACACAAUGGUUCUACGUGUUGGUGUGCCUUUCGAUGCGAGGACAAGCAGUUGGGCUAGCUUCGAUGGUCGAGAACGAGUUGAACUGCAUCCAGGAGAUUACGUUACGAUUUCUGCAAGCCGAUAUCCUUUCCCAAGCGUGCUCCCAUUGGAGAGGAAAAAAGAAGAUUGGAUUGAUAGCAUUUCACGGACAUUGCAAUGGAAUAGCCGCCAAAGACAAAAGAAGUUUGAUGAGAGGUAGAAACUCUAACACGUGCCAUAACCUAUCAGAAUUUAUCAACUGCACCAUGUUUUUUCGUGUCCUAUUUUGAUUAAUUUCUAUCUCAUUCAAUUUGCAUUCAUUCGAACUAUUGCUUACGCAAUACAGACAAUAUCAAGAUGAAUCAUUGGCUCUGCGAAAUCGAUCGCAUCAGGAUCGCUAGAGAAUAUAUUCUGGCCACAAGACUUAAAUUCGUGGCCAGAUGUAUCCGCGGCGCUGUUCCGUUUGUCAUAAAGGCAUUCGAAUCCAUUAUAGAAUAUCAAAG